AACCCUCCCGCAUCGGCUUGUCACGUACGCCUCUCGAAAACCCGCGCCUCUCUCCUCCUCUCUCUCCAAUCCCGCCAUUUUCAUUCCUCUGCAGUCGCCGUUCGCUUCUCGCUCGCUGCACGGGACGGCAUCGAUCCCAGCCGCUUUCCAUCCUCCUCUGCGCCUCCUCCUCCUCCUUCCCUCUUCCCCCCCUCGUUCCGCCGUGCGAUUCGAUUUGGGGAUUUUUCGCUUCUCCGGCGAAGCGGCCCGACGGGAGCGGGCGCUUCGCCGCCCCUCGCCGAGCGCCGGCGAUGCGGUGAGCCGGGGCGUUCGGCGAUCGCCGGAUCUCGGCGUUCGGUGAUGGGCAAGAGAGACGCGGUUGUUGUCCUGUCGUCGGACGACGGGGGCGAUGAAGGUGAAGGUGUGUUGAGCUCGAGUCGGAGCUGCUCGAGGCCGACGGUGAAGUCGCUCGUUACUCCGUCGGAGCCGAGAAGAGCGAAGAAGAAGCCUCGGGUUUCGGGCUCUCGAUCCCGAUCGUCGUGUAGACGGUCAUCUGUCGUGGACGAGUUUCAGUUUUUAAAGGAAGACUUCAAUGAAGUAUUCACUGGUGCCAAGGUAACAACGGGUUUUGGUAGGACCAUUGCCAAGGAGUCAUGGGUUGAUAAGUAUAAACCAUGUACUUUAGAAGAGCUUGCAGUACACAAGAAAAAGGUUGAAGAAGUCAAAUCAUGGUUUGAGGAAAGAUUGAUUACUUCAAAGGAUAACCUUGGUGAUCAUGUUCUUAUUAUUACUGGGCCAGCUGGUGUAGGAAAAUCUGCUACUAUUUAUGUUGUUGCGUCUCACCUCGGAGCCACAUUGUGUGAGUGGAACACACCUACUCCAACAGUCUGGAAGGAAUAUGUCCAUAACAGUAACAAAGGGCAGUAUACAUCUAAGUUAGAUGAGUUUGAGGCUUUUGUUGAGAGAACAAGAAAGUAUGGAGUGAUUUCUCAAUCAUCUGCCGGAGAGUCAAAAUCAUCAGCAAUACUCCUCAUUGAUGAUCUACCGGUGACGCAUGGGAAUGUUGCACGUAGAAGACUGCAGAACUGUCUACAUCUUCUUGUGCAAUCUACUCAUAUACCAACAGCUAUUCUAAUAACUGAUUAUGGUCAAGUGGAUUCAGCUGACAGGGAGGCACGAUUCUUAGAGGAACUCCAAUUGUCCCUUGAAAGUGCUGGAGCUCGUAAAAUUGCAUUUAAUCCUAUCACCAGUAAUGCCAUUAAGAGGAUACUUUCCAAAAUAUGCAGCCAGGAGCAGUGCAAUGUGACUUCUGAACAGAUUGAUUUAAUAGCGAGGGCAAGUGGAGGUGACGUCCGACAUGCAAUCACAUCCUUACAAUUUUUCUGUCUUAAGGCGGACUGGCCAUCCUUAUCUUUGUCAAGUCCAACGACGGUACAUGAUCUUCAUUUUGGCAGAGAUGAGACAAUCUCUCUCUUCCAUGCCUUGGGAAAGUUUCUGCAUAACAAAAGAGAGAGUGCUUCUCCAUCGUGGAAAGAUGCACAUCCCAUACAAGAGAAAUUUAUGAGAUUACCCUUAAAGAUGGAUGCUCCAGAGAAGGUCCUUUCUCAGGCACAUGGGCAAGCAAGACCAAUUGCUGAUUUUCUGCAUGAAAAUGUUUUAGACUUUCUUAAUGAGGAGGCUGUGGAUGAUGCCUCAGCUGUACUUUCUUAUUUGGGUGAUGCUGAUGUGCUCUUGCACAGUUUUCGUGGAGCAGUAGCUAGAAAUUAUGAGGCAGAGGGUGUUGUACAGUCAGCUGCUGCUUCAAUUGCUGUUCGAGGGGUGCUUUUUGGAAACUCUCAUCCAUUGCCCCCCAGGUGGCAUGCCAUUCGUAAGCCAAAACUCUGGCAGAGUGAGAAAUUGUCUUUGCACAAUAAGGAUGAGAUGUUAAGACAGAGAUUCAUGGUUUAUAACGGAGUUAGCUCAAGUGAUACGUCAGUAAUAGCUACUGAGUACGUGCCUGUGUGUAAAUGGCUUCAGCAUAGGGUUCCUAGGGGACUCCAAGCUCAUGAAGUGACGAUGCUGAGCACUGAGAUUGAAGAUGGGAUGAGUUUAGAUGACCGAGAGGUGGAGACAUCUGAUGAUGAGAUUGAGGAGUGGUGAGUUGGAGCCUGGUUAGGUCGCUAUAAUAUGCAAGAGCUCCGUGGUUUGCUUCGCCAAUAUGUACAGUGUCCUCAUUAUGGGUCUGUAUGUGUGUUAGUGCUUGCAUUAGACAUCCAACUCGUAAUCACAACAACCCGAUUGGAAGUGGAGCUUUACCAACUGAGCUAUAUUUGCCUUGGCAAGUGGAGCAAUUUACAGAGUUCCUUGUAUAGCAUUAGGUUGAGUUAAAAUUUUGGAGUUUUUCUGUGUAUUUCGUCCUUUACUUCUUGAUGGAAAAUUAAAUUGUAUGUGGAGCAAAACGAAAAGGGAAAAUCAAAUCGUAGGGUCUUUUUCGAUCUUGACCAGUUAUGAGUGAAUGAACUAAAAAUCCUUUCUUGAGCCA